GUGCACAGUUCAGUAGCCGUAUAGCGGUACAAAUGAACGGAAGUGCAUGUGAAAUCAAGUGAAGUGUACAAAAAUUAAUUUUCAAAUUAGCAUUUUCAAGUGGUGAUAUCAAUAAUAUUGAAAAGUAUAUUGGAAAAAUUAAAAUACAAAACACAAGAGUGUCUUCAAUAUGCUGUGGCACAACAAUAAAUUGUUUAUAACUAGCUUUGCUGUCGUACUGCUACUUGGCGGCGUAGCUGCACAAGAUAAAAAUAUAACUUGCAUUAAUUGCGACAAAACGGAUAACUGUUUGAAAACCCCAACGGCCACUGAUAUAACCACUUGUGAUGCGAAAACUUGUUUCACACGUAUUAACGACGACCAGUCGAUUUCGCGCGGUUGCUUGGAAGAAUCCAAAGUGAAUGAGUGCAAGGAACCAAACUGCAUUAGUUGCACUGUUGGAGACAAAUGUAAUAAUCAAAGUAUCUGCAAGUCUUGCAACUCGGAUGACGACGCCAAAUGUGCACAAACCGAUGCAACAACAGCAAAGCAGGCUAUUUGCGCCAAAGCCGAGACCAAAUGCCUGGUGAGCGUGUUGCAAAAGAAAACCGAACGCGGCUGUGCGACAGAGGAUAACGAAAAAGCCUGCACCGACGAAAAGACAUGUAAACUGUGUACAGGUGGCGCUUGUAAUGUGGGCAUAUUCCCCGAGAAUCGCCGCAAAUGCUUUCAAUGUGCCGAAACAAAUGCCGAUUGUGCUAAUAUAAAAGCAGAUAGCGCUACAUUGCCGUGCACGCAGUAUGUGGAGAACGACACAUGUUACAUGUAUGCCAGCAAUGAAACGCAUGUGACACGCGGUUGUACCUCGGAUGUGGGUGAACAGAAUAAAUGCGCAAAAGCGGAUGAUGCCAAGUGCAAAACUUGUAAUGCAAAUGAUUGCAACAAUUUGAGUUACAAAACGGAGCAAACCUUAAAGUGUGUGCAAUGUUCGGAUAAAGAUAAAUGUGCUUGGGGACAACAGGCGAGUAGCGCUAAGGUUUGUGAACAAAAAAUCUUAUACACAUCGGUGGGUAAAUGUUACACGCGUACCGAUGCGGAUGAUGUGAUAACGCGUGGCUGUUUCUAUGAUCUGGAUGAGGCCGGACAGAAAGCGUGUGAUGCUGGUACAAGUUGUACUACUUGUACAGAUCCGAAUGGUUGUAAUAAUGCUGAUGGAAAAAGUUUUACUUGCAUUCGUUGUCGUAGCGAUCGAAAUCAAGAUUGUUAUGCCAAAGCUGACACAAUUAAGGGUGAAAAGUGCACAAAUGCCGUGGAAUCGAGUGCAGAUAUGAAAUGCUUUACUGGCAUGUGGAUGCCUAAUGUGGUUAUACGUGGUUGUCUGAUCGAUUUGGAACCACGUGAUCAGUAUAUUUGCAAUAAUCCUAAAGACGAGACUUGCACAGUCUGUGACUCGACUAAUUGUAAUAAUAAGGAGAACAGCGCUGCGUAUUUAUUCUUAACAAAUGGUUUACUGCCAGCUGUGCUCUUCACAUUGUGGCGCAUGAAAUAAGUUAUACACUUCAACAAAUCUGUAUCACUGUAUGAAUUUAAAUAUAAUUUUAUAUAAAAUAUGCACUAGUUUACAGUAUGCGCUCUAAUGCGCAGUACAUACAUACAAAUAUCAAGCAUAAUAAAUAGAACUUUCUGCGUAAAGAAGGUAAAAA